AUGGCCUCGACGAGCGCAGGCACAACCCCUCAUGAACUACACUCACUGAACCUGCUGCACGCCUAUUUGGACACGCUAGACUCUAUUCCGCGUGAACUUAGUCGGCACUUCAACGAGCUACGUGAAGCUGAUGCCAACUUAUCGAAUUCAGCAGAUCAAAUCACCACACGUUUGAACAGAUUGUCUGCAUCGCUUGAGGAGGACUCUCUAUCACCUAAAGAACGUUUCUUAGCGUUGAGAGACGCAAGCGAUACGAUAAAGCAAUUUAAACUAAAUCAAGAGGAGAAGAUAAAAAUUGGUACUGCAACCUGUGAAACUAUGUUAGCACAUACCGGGUACAUGGACCAAGUACUCUUACAUUUCUUACUACACGAUCCAAGUCUAUUUCCACCUGCGCCUCUAUUCCCUCCUUCUGGAACUAACUUACAAAGGCUGUUCGCUCGUGCGAUGCUCAGUCUCAGUCCUAAUGCUAUUAACGGUCGGCGGCGCGCUCUACAGCCUCCUCGGCCUGCUAUAUACAAUGGUGAAUCUCGCAAGCGCCCUCUGAGCACGUCUAUGAAUCAGCAGGGCUCAACUAAGGCCCAAGCUCGGAGAGUGCCAACUAUCUCUGGAGCUGGUCCACGCACAGCCAUCAAUCAAAGAAGAAACGAAUCAACAAUCACCAACUCACCAAAUCCAUCAGAAAUAUACGCUAACAAGGCAACAACCGUUAGACAGAUCGAAAAAUCAUCACAGCAGAGACGUCCUAAUGGUGGUCAACCACUCUAUUCUCCACCGCCGUCACCAUACCAGUACUCCCAGAUACCUCAGCCAAUCUACCAGCAAAACUACAUACAGCAGCCCUUUCAACAGCAGCAGUACAAUACUUCUCGAAUGGCAGAGUCGACGAAUGCAAAUGAACUGGCUCAAGAACCCUCGUACGAAGAUAUGGACAAUGGACAGGCUGGUGGUGAAAAUGACGGGGAUGAAGCCAGGUACUGCUACUGUAAUGGCGUAUCGUAUGGCCAAAUGAUUGGAUGCGAUGAUGAGCAGUGCCAGAGAGAAUGGUUCCACAUCGCCUGCGUCGGUCUUGACAAGGCUCCAAGCGGUAAUUGGUUAUGUGACGAUUGUGCAGCCAGGCGCAGACAGAAUGGAACCAAGAGAAGAGGAGGUGCCAAAAAGAACAUAGCCUAG